UGGAAAAUGGCCGCUUCCAUUGGCAAACAAAAGUUAAAUUAUUCCAUUGAACAGUGGUCGAGUUAUUCGUAUAACUAUAUCCCAGAGAAUGUUUGCUAUGAUAAGCCAGGUGACCAAUCAUCCAGAUGGUCGUCAGAUUCUAAUAACCCUCCACAGUAUUUGCUACUCAAACUCGAUAGACCUGCUAUAGUGGAUACGAUUUUGUUUGGGAAGUAUGAGAAGACUCAUGUGUGUAACCUGAAAAAGUUUAAGGUGUAUGGUGGCCUCACUGAGGAUCAUCUCAUUGAACUUCUUGACAAUGGUCUGAAGAACGAUCAUAUUCCUGAAACAUUUUCUCUAAGAAAUGAGAUUGAUAGCAACCCGUUUCCUUGCAGAUACAUCAAAAUAGUGCCAAUUCAAGCGUGGGGUCCGAGCUUCAACUUCAGUAUUUGGUAUGUUGAGUUGAACGGACGCGACAACUGGGAAGCUGUUAAGCCAUGUAUGAACUGGUACAACACAUAUCGAGAAAGAGAGGCCAUAAGAUUGUGUUUAAAACAUUUUCGACAACGAAGUUACAUUGAAGCGUAUGAAGCCCUUCAGAAGAAAACCAAAAUUGCCUUAGAGCACCCUGUUCUAACAGAGCUGCAUACAUUAUUGGUCACAAAAGGUGAUUUUGAUGAAUGUGAAAAGUUGAUCACAAAAGCUUGUGAAGAAGGUUUAUUUAAUAUGUACAUUAGUCAACAAGAUUACAAGCCAAAGUGGACAGCGAUACAGCCGAUAAGUAAAGGAUCGGAAGCUGGCUCAGAGUGCAGACCAGGGAUGAGAGGCGGUCACCAGAUGUGUCUCGAUAUACAUACAGAAACUAUUUAUUUGUAUGGUGGUUGGGAUGGUAAUCAUGACCUAGCAGAUCUUUGGGCAUACCAUGUUCCUUCCAAACAGUGGGUGUGUAUUUUAAAGUCUGCAGAGGAUGAGGGAGGUCCAAGUGCCAGAUCGUGCCAUAAAAUGUGUUUAGAUUAUGAUAGAAAACAAAUCUUUACACUGGGAAGAUAUCUGGACUCAUCGAUGAGAACUCCAGAGAACUUGAAGUGUGAUUUUUACAUGUACGACAUUGGGUCUGGCAAGUGGACGUUGAUCACAGAUGAUGCUGGUGCUAUGGGUGGACCGAGACUUAUCUUUGAUCAUCAGAUGGUCAUGGACAUCGAGCAACAAACGAUAUACGUCUUUGGUGGUCGGGUACUUACAAGUGCUGGUGAGAAUGAGAGAGGACAUGACCCUGUCUUCAGUGGACUGUUUGCAUAUCACGUUCCCACGAACACGUGGCAGAAACUUCUUGAUGACAGCAGUGAACUCCGGUCUAGGAUUGGUCAUUCUAUGUUGUUCCACCCUGGUAAAAGAGUGUUGUACAUAUUUGCUGGUCAGCGAGGCCGGGAGUACCUGAAUGACUUUCUCAUGUACAAUGUGGACACAGGGAUAGUGGAGCAGGUUUCUGAUGGCACAAGAAGAGAGGGCUGCCAAGGUGGUUUUACACAAAGAGCAACACUGGAUCCAGACAAAAAUGAAAUUCACGUUCUUUCAGGUCUUAGUAGGGAUAAGGAGAAGAGAGACAAUGUGAAAAAUUCAUUCUGGGUUUAUGAUAUUGGCAAAAAUAAAUGGGCUUGUAUCUACAAGAAUGAGAAUGUGGGACAGAGGUACUGGAACAAGCAGCAACACGUAGAACCUGUGCCACGUUUUGCACAUCAGCUGGUGUAUGACCAUAUCAGAAAAAUACACUAUUUGUUUGGCGGUAAUCCAGGAAAAGAUAACUUGCCAAAAAUGAGACUUGAUGACUUUUGGUCAUUAGAGUUGUGCCGGCCGUCUCCUGAACACCUUUUAAGACGGUGCCGAUAUCUGAUCCGAAAAUACAAGUUCCGCGAGGUUGCCGCUAGGGACUCGAAGGCAGCCAUGGUUUAUCUGCAGACACAUCUUGCCCAGAUGGUAGACCACAGUGAUUCUGAUGAGACAAAAGAGUUUCAGUUGCUGGCCUCAACAUUAUUUAAAGAUGCAGAUGAGGAGAAUGCAGAAGGUUCUGAAAUGAGUGAAAACUUUCAACACCGAACAGAGCUGUUUGAUUUGUUGGUGAACUACUUUCCCGACCAUAUGACCCAGCCGAAGGAAAAUCUUCUUGAUCUGAUCCCACUGGACUGAAGACAAUCAUUGCUUACUGUUAGUGAACUGGGAACUGUUUUGAUCAGUUUGCAAGUAUUACAACUAUCGAACAAAUACUCUCAAAUAAGAGGCCAAACUGUCACAACUAGAUUCCGAUGGAUCGAUGUCGUUCGUCAAUCACCUAACUUAAAACUCCGUUGUGCGUGUCUGCUUCAAUCAGUGACACUGACUACCACUCUCAGAGUGUAUUUCAACCAAGGGACUGUCCUGUGUGGUAGGGAUGGAACACUUGAUGUGUGCAAUUCAACAGUAUUCAUGAAACUAGAUGGGGAAAAAAAAACUACAACUGAAACUGAUGCCAUCUCCCAAAUAGCAAGUUCUGAUUUUUUACAUGCUAGUCGGAAUAUCAGGAAUAACUAGGAAUGCCACACACCUGGACUAGGAAUAUCUUCAGGAAAAACACACCAGGAAUAACUAAGAAAAUAAUGCAUUAGAAUUGUGAUGUACCAAAAAUCUCUACAAAUAUCUUGCCAUGGAUUAAUUAGGAAUACCACACACCCUGAAAUAACUAGGAAUAUUACACCCUAGAAGUAACUGGAAUAUUACACCCUAGAAGUAACUGGAAUAACACACACCAGAAAUAACUAGGAAUAUCAUACACCUGGAAUAUCACCAAAAAUAUUGAGCCAGAAAUAACUGAAAUAGUACAUCCCGUUAUAAACAGGAAACAACACACACCAGGAAUAACUAAGAAUAUACUGAUAGGAAAAAAAAGAAUAUACUAAUGGAAAUUAAUACGGGAACACAUGACAUUUUAGAUGAAAAUUAAUUCACUGCUACAAUAUGUCUAUAUAGUUAUGUCUGUAUAUAAUGAAAAAUGUAAUGUGUGCGAGAAUGUAAUUAAUUAUAGUGUUUUAUAUCGGUAAUAUGUUUACCUUCCUGACACUAUGAUCAAUAUUUGCUAUUACUAGUUACGUGUUUCCGUAUUUCUUUUCAUCAGUAUAUCAUAUCGUACACUAUGAAAAUCACACCAGAAAUAUCACACGCUAAAAAUAUACAACAUCACAUGCCAGAAUGGACUAACUAGGAGUAGCACAUGCCAGGAACGACCAUUAGUGACAAUGCAGAAUCUAAGAUGAUGUGAUGUCUUUAACACCAGUAGAGAAUCUAUGCUUGUGCCAAGUUAUUGUAUCUUUAUUGUGGAUUUUAAUAACCAAUCCCAGGAGCAGAACUGGUAGAGUCUGCAGGACAGAUAUUGAACUCCUUGUGUAAAAUGGAUGCAUUCUGGAUUUCCAAGAGACUAAUACAUGACACAAACCAGCAGUAAACCAGUAUAGGUGGUUGGUUAGGCUGUCAUCUUCAGCCAGUUCCUCAAAUUGCCUGUAUGGAUGUUUAACUGAAAGUAAGGUGUAGAAGUAGUUGGAACAAACUGAAUGAAAAAAAAGAAGUUUGUUUUGUUUAACGACACCACUAGAGCACAUUGAUUUUUAUUUAUCAUCGGCUAUUGGAUGUCAAACAUAUGGUCAUUUUGUCAGUCAGAGGAAACCCGCUACA